AGAGAAACAGUUGUGAAGAUGGGUCGAUCUACUCACCAAAUUAAUGUGUUGCGUGUUCCAAAUUAGCGACGAGUCCUCUCAUCGAGCCGAAGGACUUUCUGGGAGAUAGACCUGUCUCUCGCUCCAGUGAAAUAUAGUUUGCAGUGCUGAAUUCAGCAUGUCUGAGGAGUAGCUGCAGUAUGAGGUGUGAAGGGAUCCAGCCUUGUUAGCCAGGGGUGUGGCGAUGGGCUUGAUUACUACUUGCAAGUUCAUCAUGACAGACGUAUUUAUCCUGGAUUGGGGAGCUAUACUGAAGGUACCAACAGUGAGUGGAAGAUGGUCAACUCUUUGGUGAGCGGAGGGCUGUGGAAGGAGAUGAAAAGAAAGAAGAGGACUGUGAAUAGUCUUGGGAGAGAGACGCUGAAGAUUCUUUGGACAAUGUUUCCCAGAUUCUCAUAGUCAUCAGAAAAAGAGCUGCUAUAACAGAGAGUGCUCCACUAUCGCAGGGAAAUGAGAGACGGCUCCUCCAUCACAUGGCAUACGCUCUGAAGUCUACAUUUACAACUGCUGCCUUUGUUCGACACAGUGCGCGUGAUUCCUGUGAGAUUUUGGAGGAUCUUUAGUGACAGUGUGGCAGGCAUGAAAACCCAAGAGCCCCGUUCCAGCCCUCUGAAAUCACAUACACAGAGUGAGGUACGGCCCCAGUACCAGACUAAGUUUCUUCAGUUUCGCAGCAUUGCCCCUAAAGUCCCUGCAGUGGUUCCAUCAUCUGCAGUCCUGUCCUGCCAACCUCCCUCAGCCCUUCCAGAAUCAUCCACAGCUGUCAGCCCCAAAUCCAUUCUGGUCCCUGCUCAGAAUUAUGCCCUCAUGCAGGUUGCUGGACAAGAGGGGACCUUCUCAUUGGUGGCCUUACCUCACACACAACAGCAACAGCCAAUCCAGAAGAACCUUAAGCUGCCUAUUCCAAGAUACCAACCAGUGAGAAGCAAGAGUGCUCCAGAGAAAUCCAGCUGCAAGACACAGAGUCCUGCCAGGGUUUCGACUACAAAACAGGCUCGAUCAUCUGCUGUAAAAACACAGCAAAGUCCAGACCAAUCAUCUGAGAAGCUUGUUAUGAUUGACACUGCUGCUUCAUCUGAGAUCUGCGUUGUACCCUUGCUACCAGGUUCACAGAAGGAUCAAACAGUGGAACAAAAGAUUGAUGCAGGUCCACUCAACAACCUACACUACCCUCCCAGAGCCUCCAAAACCACACUUGUAGCCCCUGUCAAUAAUAUCUCACCAGUUAAAACCCCAAUAGAGGGUCCAGCCUCAGCUGGUGGUACCAUCACAGUCCUCUCUCCCACUAUCUUCAGUGAAGCUGUUCAGAUCAUUCCAUCUCUACCUAAGGGAAAACUCCCCAUCCUACCUUAUGCCAAGGUGAAGAACUCCCUCUUGGCACCAUCUAGCCUUGCCAGCACCCAGCUCUCAGAGAAGCAGACUUUAAGUGGAGCCAAACCUCCAGACAACAAAGCCAAGGCCACAGAUAACAACGUUAGAAUUGAAAGCCAUGUUCCCAACACCCAGUUAAAGAAACCUCAAGGCAAGAAGCGAGGGAGAAAGAGGAAAACCAUGGAGGAUAUUCUGUCCUUCGAGGCCCGAAAGAAGAGAUCCUUGUCUUUUUUUAGAGGGAGAGUACAUGAGAAACCUCCAACUGGUGUGAGUUCUGCCUCCCAGGAGAAGUUGGUUGACAUAUCAAAAAUCUACAGAAGUAUUCGUCCCAAGCCAGUACUGGUAAUGGAAACCACUGUUCCACAACUUGUACCACUUCCUUCCUUGUCAACACAGGAGAACCCUGAUAAAGAGCUCUCAGUAGGGAAGCACAAAUCAGGAAAACCAUCAGGUGCUACCCAGUCUUCUCAAGCCACUGAUCAGCUGCCUGUGAUAGUUGGUGAAGGUGGUGGAGCAUUUGUUUACGUGAGAAGUCGUCCACUACAUUGCUGUCCUACCUGCAGCAGGUGUUUCCAGUUCAAGCAUCACUUGCAGAGCCACAUGAACAGCCACAGUAACCUUCGGCCCUAUGUCUGCCCUGUGUGCAGGAAAGCUUAUGCUCACUCUGGCAGUCUGAGCACUCAUAUGAAGCUGCACCAUGCAGAAAGCAGACCCAGGAAGAGCCUUUGCUGUGAGUUCUGUGAGAAGUUGUUUGGCUAUGUCGGCGUCUACUUCAGCCACUUAAGAGAGGUGCACAGAGUCAUACUCACUGUGGAGCCAUCCAUCAGUCAACACGAGGAAAACGUGCCUAUAGAAGAAUCUUCAGAGGCUGAUGAACAGGCCUUAGAACAACAUGUUGACCCAGUCGAGCUACAGAUGAAGUGUGGCCGCUGCCAGGCCAUCACACCUACCUUUGCUGACAUGAAGCUGCACUUGCUCUACGUGCAUGGUGAGGAGGUCCAGGUGCGACUGAGGGAGGGAGCUAUGUGCAGAGGUCGUGAAGCAGAAGAUGAACUGGUCAAACAUGCAGCACAUUACUGGAGGCAGCUUAAAGAGAAACGCAACCGAGUGCACUGCGGCACCUGCGAUGAGGAGUUCUUCUCAUUUUCCAAGUUCAAGCGGCACCUCCCCUCUCACCAUCAAGGAGCCAGAGAGAGUCGAGAAGAGGAGGAAGUGGAUGGGUUAGUAGAGGAGGACCAUGUAUUAAAGGGUUUCAGUAAAGCUAUAACUUUGAGGGUGGGGUCCAAUUUUAACUGCAUCCUUUGCAGUAAGGUGUUCAACAAGAAACAGGAAGUUAUGGAGCAUUGGGGGGCACAGCACAAUUGUGAAAACCCCACCCUUCUAUGGGAUGUCCUGGACUUCAAGGGGAAGAACAUGGCUACUGAUGGGCCAAAUUAACUGCAAAUGGGUAAUUUAUUAUUUUCUCCAUGCUGUUAGGUGAAUGCAAAAACAAUCCACUAAAAGACACACUCAGUAUUAUAUGUUCAAUGUUGUCUUUUGCACUGUUUUUAUUUUGAAUUUUAUUAUUAUUUAUAACCUCAUUGUUGAUUUGUAAUGCUUGAAUUUCUAAUGUUUAUUUGUUUGUUUGAUCAUUUAUUUUAUUUGGAUGAGUUUCUAUGUAUAGCUGCAUGGAAUACUGACAUAAAACUCAAAUCUCCAAAAUUAAUUCACAAACAUUAUGAUGGCCCAGGUUCAUAUAUAAAGGUAAUAUAAAUGCCAUUAAAUGAGAGACCCAAGGACAAUAAUCAAAAUGUAAGGUUUGUGGAGAUGUUUUGUGUAAGUGCUUCAGUUGUGAGACUGAAAAAAAUACAUUCUCAUCAUAAACACUUUGCCACUCUGAAUACAAAUGGAGCAUGAUUAGAAUAAAAUUGAAAUUGAAAUAACAUUUGAAGUAACAACAAAUUAUCAGUGAUAUUUCACAAACACAGUCCUUAUUACACAACUAAAAUAAAUGCUGCCAGAAAAUCUCUACCAAGAGUAAUUUAUCAGAUUCUUAAAUCAGGAUUAAAAAAUAUACCUGAAAAAAAAGGAAAAUCCUUAACUAUUAGGUGUAGUAUGAAUGUUUUGGGUGGGAAUGUUGUAUAUUUUAAAAAGUUUUUUCCUUGGUGAAAUCUGUGGUGAUUUAUUUCAAUUAUUGGUCUGUUGAGACAUAUUUGUUUCCAUUUAUAUAAAAUAUAUAUAACGGUAAUGGAAUGUUAAAAAAAAAAUGUAAUUAGUUAUGUAUGUAUACUUGUAUAGAUAGAUAUAUUAUAUAUAAAUCUAUCUAAGUAUAUUCAGCUGUAUAUUGAGAAUAUAUAUUUACACAGAAGACAUAGUGAUCUUGCCCUGCUGAAUUCUCAUGAGAAAUGAGCAAUUAUAAUAAUUGAACCAUUUUAAUAAUGUCCUUAAUGUCUUAAGCAUAAAUGUAGCUGCAACUGUUCUGUAAUCCAUCAUCUGCUUUAACAGGUGCUGUGUUAAACCAAGAACCGAUGAAGUCCACUAACGUUCAUGUUCUUCAAACGGCACAAAACAACAUGAAAUCCCAAAGUACCAUUUAAGUUUGCUUUUCAAAGUUGAAUUCUUACAAAUAAUUUAAAGUAAAUAAUGUUGAUCUUGAAUAUCAGUGAUCAAACAGAAGGGACAACUGCUGUUUGUCUGGUCUGAAUAACCCAUUAAAUGUUUUGAUUGUGGAUCUUGUCUUUGGUGGAUUUUUCUAGACUUAAAUCUGAUUUUCAUUGAAAAAUAAUUUAUUUUAAGUGUUUUCUUUUUUAUGGAUAAAAACAGUUAAGCCAUUUCAGAUGCUGUACUAGCAUAUUCUUUGAGAUUCUAAGCCACAAGAGUAAUGCCACAGCUGUCUGAUUGUUUGACAUAGGAACAUUUUAUCAUUUCCUGUUCUGAAGAUGAUCUUUUCCCUGCCACUGUGAUAAAGUUGUCUGUUUGCGGCUUUAGAUAAAGUAAGCCCACAAUAGCAUCUGUGCUAGAAAGUACAUCCCCAAAUCAUUGAUUAUUGGUGCCUAAAU